UCUCUGGUUUCGGGAUCUCCCUCUAUUUCUCUCAAGAGCUCACCAGCAGUCGGACGCAGCACUCCUCUCUCCAGAUACACCCGACGGUUCGGCCAGGAGAGAUAGUUAUUAUUCCAGGGUCUUAGCUGGACUUUAUCUUUCGACACUGAAGGGGGGAAAAGUAGCCUGAAAAGACUUUUUUUUUAAAUUCAUAUCUACCCCUAAAUAAUAUUUGUUUUUCCAUACGACCUUAGCUGGGAACUUUAGUAGCCUAUACUUGAGUAGCCAUGUCCGAAGUGCUGCCAUACAACGAGGGGAAGAUGAACGGCUACGGGGCGGACAGUGAAGUUUCUUUCAGCUGUCGACUGCAAGACACGAACUCGUUCUUCGGAACAUCACAGUCCAAAAGGCCACCGAAACUCGGGCAGAUUGGCAGGGCAAAACAUGUGGUCAUUGAAGAUGACAGAAUAGAUGACGUUCUCAAAGGAAUGACAGACAAGUCAACUCCUGGCGUGUAAACCUGAAUGAUUACACCUCGUCAACCUUUUCUUUUAAUCACUGGUUUGAAGCACUUGUCGCCUGUGCAUGUGAACGAGAGGUGAAGAUGAUGGUUCAGUGUACAAGUACAGGAUGAUGGAUGAAGAGCCACUCUGGGCAGUGGGUUAAAAUAGUGAGAUUUGAAGAUGCUGGCAAUUCUCCAACUGAAACCCAUCCCAAACUGCCGCUGUGAAGAAAGCUGCUCAAGAUUUCUGGUCAUUUAGCCCCUUGUCUCGUAGAAGCCGUGGGUCUGGGUGUGAGAUUUCAUCCCUACAUCAGCAAACCGAAGCCCCUGUUUCAUAGGCAUCUAUCAUACUAUGAGCUGCUCAUUCAAGGGAGCUGUCCAGUUCAGCACCACUUGACUGUCUUUCCAGAGAAAUAAGCUAUAUCUUGCAUGGAAAUGGGAUGAUGUAUGUAAUCGAGGGGAGAUUGAUUACAUUUAUUCACUGCUGUCAUAUCUACACACAUUCCAUUUUCAAUCCUUGACUGAUCAAAUACCCAGAAUACAUUUUAUAGCGAAUAAAGCCACUGAAACGCCAGCAAGAGCUGAAGAAUGACAGCAAUGGAAGGAAAAUGAGAAGCAGGAGUACAACUUCUUGUUUGAUUUAU